AUGGACCUGUACAAUUACUGGGAGCCGCUGCACCUGCUCGCCACGCCACACGCACUUACACAGCAUCCCAUACCCGCGUUUGAGACUUGGGAGUACGCACCACAGUUUGCGAUCCGUUCAUGGGCCUACAUUGCCCUGCAUGCACUGCCCGCAGCGCUUGUAUCACACGUUGCGGCGCAGCCGUACGCAUUUUACAGCGUGCGCAUACUGCUUGCGGCCGUAUCUGCCGUAGGAGAUGCUAUGCUUUUUCGCAGUGUUGCCACUCGUGUGAAUGCGCGUGUCGCGCGGUACAUGCUCACAUUUCUUACCGUAUCUGCGGGCAUGCAUUCGGCUUCCGUUGCGCUCCUUCCCUCGAGUUUUGCCAUGUACACCACGAGCGUGGCGACGGCGUUUGCAAUGCAGCAGCGUGAAUUUGGCGCUACGUGUGCGUUUGCAUUUGGUGCGCUGCUCGGCUGGCCGUAUGCCCUAGUAGUCGCCAUCCCAUUUGUCGUGGAAACGCUCUUCUUCUGCGAUCCCCGCGCGAAGUUUUUCCGCCGCUUUUCCCGUCUUGCGUUUGCCGGCGUGCUCAGCGGCGUGCUGUGUCUCCCCAUUGCGUUUAUCGACUCGCUCGCGUAUGGCACGCCGACAUUGGCUGCACUUAACACGGUGCAGUACAAUGUGCUCAGCAAAGCGCGCGGCAUUGGGCCUGAGCUGUACGGAACAGAGCCAGCGUCGUACUAUAUUGUGAAUCUACUGCUGAAUAUGAAUGUGGUGCUCCCUUUGGCCCUUGCGUCAUUGCCGCUCACCUUCCUCACCGCUGCAUUUGCGCCCGCGCGCUUCACCGGCGACUUUCCCGGCCUGCGCACGCCCGGGAAGCCAGGCAAAGUACAUACCACGCCGGCCUUUGGCGCGGCGCGUUUGCUUGUCUUGCGUCUUCUUCCAAUAUACAUUUGGCUUGGCGUGCUGACUGCCCAGGCACACAAGGAGGAGCGGUUCAUGUACGUAAUCUAUCCCCUAUUGUGCUUCAAUGCCGCUGUCGCACUCUACUUUUUACGGAGCUGGCUCGAGGCCGGGUACCUGCACCUUACGCGGUCUCCGUACCGCGCUUCACGCACGCUUUUAUUCCCCGCAUGCACCCUGAUUCCCCUGCUGGCCGCGGCGCUACUGGGCUUUUCACGGAGCGCAUCGCUCGUCGCGCAUUAUCGCGCGCCGAUGGUCGUGACGCAAGCCCUUGCGAAGCACACCCACGCCCACACCCCUGCAACCCUGUGCCUCGGCAAGGAGUGGCAUCGGUUUCCCUCCCACUUUUUUGUCCCGCCGCACGUCCAAGUCCAGUUCAUUCCCAGCGCCUUUCGCGGGAUUUUGCCGCUGCACUUUGCCGUGGAAACGCCUCACUUCCAAAAUGCCCAGCUCGACGCCGCCAGUGCUUUUUGGCCGUUUUCAAACGCGACGCGAUCGGCGGUGACGAGCGUGAAUGAGCGCAAUAUGGAAGAAGAGGACCGCUACGUUCCGCUCGACAUGUGCGACCUACUCAUCGAUUUUGACACGUCCCGUCUGGCCGCGGCGCCGCGCGAGCCUACGUACAGCGCGACAGGCGCGUGGGAAAAACUCGUGUGCCGCCCUUUCUUGGACGCGGACGCGAGUCGCGAUGCGGCACAAGACGCUUCGCUCCGCGUACGUCUCGUGGCGACCGCCGCGCGUACGUUGUGGCUACCAGCGUGGCUUUUCGCACAGAUUCCCGGCUGGGAAGAACCGCUUCGGUAUGGGCAGUACUGCCUGCUGAAGCGCUACGACACAGCGGCCUAA